AACUCUAUUUAUAUUUGUAUUCAUUCGAGAGCUUACAAUCUACCAUCGAUUUGUUUCAUUUCCAAUUUCCUAAUGAAAAUUGUUUUACAAAGUAUGGUUUGUUGGAAGUAACAAAAUGGGGAGCCGUUUAAACAAUUGGUUUGAGCAAUCCCAAAGUCCAAUCCAAACCCCCUUUCCUUUCCCUUCUCUUCCUUUCGUCUCCCUCCAUUUCAAUCCCUAGAGAGAGAGAAGGAAAGAGGGGAAAGGAAAAAGAAGAAGAAGAAACAGAAAAAAACAGGAGAAAAAACGAAUCAAGAUGCCUCUCUGUACAGGUCAAACAGAAAUUCAUGAUUGAGAAAAGAAUCUCUUUUCCCCGGGAACCAAACACCUUCUUCGAUCAAUUUCUGGUUCCCUAAUACAUCCCUCCCCUUCUUUCCCUCUGCUUCAAAUGCGUCAUCUCUUCCCGUCCAUUUCAAUCCCUUCCUCUGCUCUCACCGCCGCCGCCAAUUUUGGCGGGUAGUAUCUUGAUUUGUUUCGUUCCAUCAACAAAAAACAGGGGAAAGGGAAUUGGAAAAAGAAAAAAAAGAAGGGGAUCAAAUGAUUUCGAAUCCAGAUCUGAUCCUCUACGCUUGCAUUGCCAAAGGAUCCACAAUCCUCGCCGAGUUCGCCUCCCCGGCGGAGCCGGGGAUCGAGGAGAUCGCACAGAAAUGCAUCGGGAUCGCGCCGCCGCACCACAAGACCUUCUCCCACACCGCCAAGAAGAAGACCUACACCUUCCUCAUCGACGACCCUUUCGUCUACUUCACCGUCUUCCACCACGAUCUCGCGAAGCUGGAGUCCUCCUGGUUCAUCGACCGGGUGAAAGUCUCGUUCUUGGAGCUCAUCGCGUCGAGUUCCGUCAGGGAUUUGGACAAUCUCACCUCCCUCUGCUUCCAGGCGGAGUUCUACCCUCUGUUCCGUGAAAUCCUGGCUCUGGAUUUGGACCUCGGGGAUUCCCUGACGGAGACCACGUCUAAAGACAGCCGGAACCCGAGCAUGGACUCGACGAAAGAGAAGACGGUGACGCGGCCAUUGCUGAUGAAGAAGAAGAAGAGGUCGUCGGGGGUUUGUUCUAUUGGGGGAAUGGAGGAUAAGAGCAGCAGCGGCGGCGGCGGACAUCACAGGGGGAAAGACGGGAGCAGCUUGAGCUGCGGAGGGAUGAGCGAUCAUGGCGGCAAGAUGAUGAUGAAUGGUGGUGGUGGCGUGUUGGUGGGUGAGAAUGGGAGUGUUGAUGGUAGUGGGCACCAUACCAGGGAGUUCUCGGUGGCGAUGACGCCGAAAAGCGGCGGGCUUUACAUGCUGGAGAGCAGGCAGAAGGCGAAGCAGAUGUGGAGGAAGCAUGUCUGGGUGGUUUUGACGUUGGAUUUGGUGAUUUGUGCUGUUCUGUUCUUCGUUUGGUUGUGGGUUUGCAGAGGCUUCACCUGUAUUGAUGGAUAGAUGAUCAAGACUGAAUCAAAAAGAAGAAGAAGAAGAAUCCUGAUUCAAUGUUUUUAUCCUUCUGUUUUUUUCUCUACACAUGAGCUUUGUACAUUGGAAGAAGAGGUGCAUACAUGAAAACAGGAACUGUUUGAUCUCACAGAAGGAAGAACAAAAGAAGCUGUUUUUC